GUCCGUCACCUACCUUCCUGUAACUCAACCAGUGCCUGUCCCCAUCCCGUAGUCUCGGUUGUUCGACGACAACUCAGUACUCACUAUAAACUGGAAAGAUUCGGUACCACUCAAUCUGGCAAAAUAAGCCCCGCCCCGACACUCGAAGCUCUCAUGAACUGAAAGCAGCACGUGGUCGAUCUCCACCAGCACAUAGAGUGUGACGGCUCACGAACGACAGAUACUCCAACACAUCAUACGCACACGCAUCCGUGCGGCGUCUGUGUGUGUGGUAGAGACAGAGAAGGCUGAAGAAGACUGCAUCUCUGAGAUUUCUCUUUCUCUGUCCUUCAGAUGGCGGAUGAGCCUUUGCCCACCCGCUGGUCAUUUCAGGAAUUUAAGUUGUUUUAUGAUUCCAAGUUUGGGAGGAAGAGGGAGGCUAAGGCAGAAGAUGGGGCUGCAAAUGGUCAAGCUGUACAUAGUACGACGCAUUCGAAUGGGAUGUCAAAUGGAAGUGGACGUGUUAAGAACACAUCUGACUUGGCUAUCUAUGAACAGUUCAGGAACCAGGAUCGAAACAAUUUAACGCACUCUAAUGGAGUCCCAUCUGCAGGAGUGGAUGAAUUGCCGCAGCGGUCUUUACUUCCUCCCUUUGAGUCAGCAGAAGUCCGUGCUUUGGCAGAGAGUUUAAGUAGAGACAUCAUUCGAGGUAGUCCAGAUGUUAAAUGGGAAUCCAUAAAAGGGUUAGAGAAUGCCAAACGGCUACUCAAAGAAGCUGUUGUUAUGCCGAUAAAAUAUCCAAAGUACUUCACUGGUCUUCUGACACCAUGGAAAGGCAUUCUCCUUUUUGGCCCCCCUGGAACAGGAAAGACUAUGCUGGCAAAAGCAGUUGCAACAGAGUGCAAAACCACAUUCUUCAACAUUUCUGCAUCAUCAAUUGUUAGCAAAUGGAGGGGUGACUCUGAAAAAUUGGUUAAAGUAUUGUUUGAGCUAGCUAGGCAUCACGCACCAUCAACUAUAUUUCUGGAUGAAAUUGAUGCAAUUAUCAGCCAACGGGGUGAAGGGCGCAGUGAACAUGAAGCAAGCAGGCGUCUGAAGACUGAGUUGCUUAUACAGAUGGAUGGUUUGACAAAGACAAAUGAACUUGUUUUUGUUCUGGCAGCAACUAACCUUCCCUGGGAACUAGAUGCAGCAAUGCUUAGGCGUCUUGAGAAGCGGAUCCUUGUACCUCUUCCGGAACCAGAAGCAAGAAGAGCGAUGUUUGAGGAAUUACUGCCACCAAAUCCUGAGGAAAUUCCUUAUGAUUUGUUGGUGGAGAGGACGGAAGGUUUUUCAGGUUCAGAUAUUCGUCUAUUGUGCAAAGAGGCUGCAAUGCAGCCACUGCGAAGGUUGAUGACUAUUCUUGAGGAGAAACAAGAACUGGUGCCUGAGGAAGAACUACCAAAGGUUGGACCCAUUACACAUGGCGAUGUUGAGGUAGCCUUGAGGAACACCAGACCUUCUGCUCAUCUCCAUGCCCAUCGUUAUGAGAAAUUUAAUGAAGACUAUGGCAGCCAAAUACUCCAUUGAAGGCUCAGAUCUGGUUCAUAACUGUUUGAGUUAAUGUCGUUUGUCAUCUUUUAAGAUACUUUCCAGUCCCAAUUGAUAUUUCAGUUCUUUCA